AUGGGCGACGUGUGGGAGUUACCGUACUUACCGGAACAUGAAAAAGCAGGUAGAUUCGUCAGUUUCCACAAGCUGUCACAGUGGUUGACGUACUCUCUAAUGGAGCCGCUCCAAGAGGCCGGGUUCAAGAUAACCGACCUUCACCUGAUGACUGGGUUGCCCGAGUAUCGCAAUGGUGGACUUUUGGUGGACUUUGGUGUGCUCUUGCCCAAGUCGUCUAGCACUCUAGUUGAUGAGUUUAGCCCAAGCGCUGAAGUGAUCAUUGAAUGGCGAGCUCUUACUGUUUCGAUCUUGGACGAGCUGCACGAUGUAAUCUUAAAGCGCCUUAACUUAUCUGCCGAGGUUUUCCCGUUGGUUAAGAUGCUCGAAGGUGGGACUUGGAAGGCAGGACGCGUUAUCGCGGGCGAGAAACGCACGGACGGAGGACCUCCCAUCAAGAUCAACAGCGAUGGCACUGUCUUCUAG